AAUAUUAAAAAAAAACAACAGAAACAGUUAGUUUAAUAAAGAAGAAGUGUUGUUACUACCAAACUUGUGUAUUCGUUUGUACUGAAAUAUGAUUUAGUGCACAAACUCAUACGCGUCAUCAUAAAUUUGUCUGCUGCAAUAUGUUAAAUUGCACCGAUUUGGCUUGUGUACUCCAUCAUCAUCAUUUUUAUGCUCAUCUACAUCAUCUGAAAAGUCAUCUACAGGACGAUAAUGACCAUUCAGAUCUCUCUCUAGAUGGAAACGGCGUAAAUAACAACUAUAUAACCCAGUUUGACAGCAAUGAAAAUGGAUCAGAACUUUCAUCUUUUUCUCAUGUUGAUGCACCGAACGAUACCAUAUACAUGAUAUGUGGGGUUGUGAUUGCUAUGCUUCUUGUGGGACUUAUAAUAAUAUUAGUAGCUGUUACAAUAAAUAAACUGCGGAAACGGGAUGAAUCGUCUGCAACUGCAGCCACAGCUGUCACAAUUGAGGCCCAGCAGCAGCAACACGGACAUCAAAGUCGAAGCAAUAGUUCUGAUAAUAACCACUAUCAUGAGACACACGAUCAGCAAAUUUUCACUACCACCAUUGCUAUGUCUGAUGGUAAUGACAACAAAUCUACCAACAGUUCAAUGGAACUAGAGGCCAUAACAUUUGCCCGUACGAGUGGCUGUAACAGAUCAAAUGGAUGGGUAUUCCCACCAAAGGCUCCAUCACCAAAUAUUUCCAACUGCGUAAAUCAUGAUGCAAUGAACACUACGGGUGAACGUAACGGUUUUAAAGGUUUUAAGAAGCAAUUCAGCGGUAGAUUUAAACGAUUAGUAUCCACAAAAAAAGACGCAACAUCCAAUACCUCCCGAACUAAAACCUCAACUGAAAACAAUUUAUGUCUAUUAACAGUGUUUAAUUAUUUUGCAGUCAAGACAAGCAACUCAGCGGCAUUUUCAACAUUCUAAUAAGUAGUACUUGUGUUUUUCUCAGAAUCGUAAAAAUCUAUAUUUAAAAUUAAAAAAAAACAUGGCACUCAUUACUAUAUGAAUAUGUUAAAUGAAUGUGAGAACAACAUUUAGAAUAAUCUGGAAUUGUACUACUUUUAAAAUUUGUUGAGAUAGUUUUUUUUUAAUAUGUAAUAUUCUUCCUUAUAUGUAUAAACAUGUGUAAAAUUAUUUGCAAAUCCUAAAGAUUGUUUGUUAUACUUCUGUGUAUGUAUUAUAUAAAUGUAUAUGUAUUUUAAAAUGACUUCUGUAUCUAGUAUCAUAUAAAAAUUAAAAUGAACCGAAGUGAAUUCGCUCACAUUGAGUGAUAAUUCAUAAGAUAAAUUUAUGUAAAAUAAAAUUAACCCAUUAAAAGAA